ACGAGUCAAACAGGAAUGAUUUCAGCCACCCAAAGCCAAGGGAAGAGAAGAACGAAAAAAUGAGGAAGAAGGAAAACUUUGCAAGACCACUGGCAUCCCGUUUCACUCCUCCUUGGCAGCAUAAAAAGGGCCAAAGACGAGCAGCUUGAGUAGCAACAGUCAAGAAAGGACCAGAAAGAGAAGAAGGGAAAGGAUAAGUAUCUAAUCAUGACAGUUGCAUCGAAAGAGCACCAAGGAGAAGCAGAACUGGUUGUCCCAGAGAGGCAGCCUGCUACUUCUACUCAUCAGAGUCGAAAGAAAAGUGGAGUGGCCGCCGAUGCGUCUUUUUUGGAGACAUUGGAUCAGACGUCGUCUGUGUUGGAUCUUCACCGAAGCAACUUGCUGCGUCUUCAGACUCAAGAAUUGGUCGAGGAGUGUGCUCUAGUGGGUUCUAGUAAGCGACUUCCUUCUUGGACUGCCUUGGUGGGGCCCUUUGUCGAUCAAUUGACGUUGCUACUCGGCCAGGUUCAACUCCACAAAGUCAACAAGGAGACACUCGAGACUUGUCCGUUUGACAUUCCAUCUCUGCAUGUACAAGCUGACAAACAGCAAAAGCUCCUGGAAUCCUUCCACAACUUGAAAAAGAAGAAUCAGCCAUUGCAAGUCGACUCCUUUCAGCCUCCCACUACUGCUCAAGCCACGCAGGCAUUGCAACUCAUUGAGUCUUGCGAUGCGCUUACCAAAGCCAGUGGCAAUGCCAACGUCCUUCCCACCUUUUCCCUCACGGUCAAAAUGCCAACCACACUGUGGGACCAAAAAGAUUUUCGAAAUGAAAAGUACUUUUCCAAACGCAACGUGUUGGUCUGGCACGUGGCACAGUCCUUGGCGCACAACAAGAAACAUCGCAAUAAAGUAGGGACUGUCUACUGGAAAUACGAACGCAAUGACAAACGAAAAGCCUGUCUCGUGAUCAUUCCACCUGUCACCGCCACAAACAACAAUAACAACUCCAAACAGAAGAACAAGAACAAGAAGAAACAAAAAGUGGAACCAUCCAUGAUGAAGACACCCAAGUUUCGCAUUCAGAUACGCUUUGAAAUGGAAUCCAUCGAUUGGAUUCCACCCAUUCGACUCAUUCCAAACCGAAACAACAUUCCCAACAACAACCACAAAGACGACAACAAUGCUGUAACAACACUCGGGAGUCCCUUGUACAAUCAGGCACUGCUGGAAGAUGCCUACCAUGCAUUCUUGCCACACCAACACCAACAACAGCGUGCCAAUGACAGUGGCGACGGUGAUAGUGACAGUGAUGACGAUGAAGAAGAAGAACACUACCCACAUUGGGCACAAGCUGUGGUGUUGCUCAAAAUAUGGUGUUUGCAACGGGGGCUGCUAAGAGCCCAUGAUGGAUUAGAGACGGAUCAACUCGCACUCCUCAUACUCUAUCUGUACAGAACCAAACAAGCCAAUGCCAGAAUGGCACCGCUCCAAGUCAUGGCCGUCGUAUUCAAGUGCUUGGCGCAAACACAGUGGAUGGAUGAUACUAUGCAUACUUUCAACAACAACAAUACACUGCAAGACGAACAAGACAACUUACGACGUCACAGUCCCGGAGAAGCCCUGUCGGCCUAUGGGAUGGAUACCAAUCCAAAUAAACGCACCACCAAACGGGCCGUGUUGGUCAUGCCCGCACACGGCAAGAACGAAGCACAAACCAUUGCCAUGGCCAAAUUGGCCAAACUAUAUGCCCAACAGACCAAGGAAAAUGCCAACAAGGGAGAACCAUCCACACUGCUGGAAGUCUAUCGGCGACAUGCUCCAAGUCCCGUCUUUCUCGAUUCGACCAUGCGAUACAAUUACUUUGGGCGGUUGUCGCCAUCUUUUAUGCAACAAGCCCAAUUGGAAGCCGCUCGAUCCUUGCAGUAUUUACACAGUCCAUCCAUGAUAUCUUCCAAUAGCAACAAUCCAUCAUCCUCAUCUAUGAUAGUAGAAGAUCCCUUUGGAUGUCUCUUCAUGACACCGGCACGAUUCUGGGAUAGAUUUGAUCUCUAUUUCCAGAUUCCCUUGAAAGCCUUGCGACGGCCCAGUGCCGGUAAUACAAAAAUGAUGAAGAGUGUGUGGUCGCCAGGACAACAAGUCGAUUUGGGGGGACCGUUCGAGGCAGCCGCCAGAGCCAUUCGGAUUGUCCUGCAACGGGCAUUGGGAGAUCGAGUACGAUCCAUGCGAAUUCUGUCCACGGGAAAUGGAACGUCGCAGCAGUCUCAUGAUGACUCGGAUCAAUUGCCACUCCACGAAGUUAGCGGCGGCAAAUCUGCCAAGUCGACAACCACAACAAACAACGCGUCGCCCAUUGGAGACGACAACCUUGUCUUUGGGAUUUCGCUCAAUGUGGACACUUGUGCUCGGAUCGUCGAUCGGGGACCACCUCCAGAACAGACAGAGGCAGUACAGGCGUUUGUAGAUUUGUGGGGAGACAAAGCGGAGCUACGACGAUUCAAGGAUGGAGCCAUUGUCAAGGCUGUCGUGUGGAACACGACCGAUAAGGAACUAUCGUCGUCCACGACCGUUCGGUACCAAAAUGAGGACACCAUCCAUGGAGGAAUUGUGGAGCGGAUUGUCCACUACAUGCUUCAGAGGCACUUUCUUUCGUCACUUUCAGCAGGAAAGAAACAAAAGACACAGUCCCAGGAGCUGGUAAAGAGAUCGGCACUUCGCGACAUGACCAGUUUUAUCAGUGGUGUGGUUCCCGACGAAGCUGCAAAGCAAGCAAAUGAUCCUGCAGCAAGUCCUUGGUUCACCAAUCCUGCACACGCUCAUCGUUGCGUCAUGAAAGCCUUCGAGGCUCUAGCGAGCUUCUUGAAGGAGCAUAGCCUGCCCACAGUGCCGGUCCCGGGUUCGUUGGAAGAAAAGACCUCCAGACUGUGUAUUCCUUUGGCCAUUGACGCCGUGGAGCCCUUGAGUCCAUGUCUGAGAUACUCCGAGCUAUUCCCGCCCAUUCCCCACCCUUUCCUUGGCAGUGCCGACGUGAAGGGAAUAAAGAAGGCUUCUAGUGUCAUUGGGUUUGAACCAGUCUGCAUUCAGAUUCGCUUUGGCGCGUCUUCGAAAUGGCCCACAGACCUGAAAGCCAUUGGUGCAGCCAAGACAGCCAUGUUGAUCCAACUCGCCAAUGGAAUCGAAGACAUGAUCUCUGCUGGAAGUCGUGAUGGAUUUGAGGGGCCCAUUGUGGUUACACCGAGCUACUUGGAGCUUGGCUUUCGGGGGUAUGCCUUCCGCUUGAAGGUCAGGGCAGACCCUGAGAUCCGAUUGCUAAGGGGUCUAUUCGAACCAAGUACGGAAGCAACGGCCCUGUUAAAGGCAUUGACUCGAGAACACAUUGUUUCGGCUAUGCAUCACUCCAUGAUCCAUGCUGUUCACACCAAGCACCCCUCUGCCGGUGGUGUUGUGCGUCUAGCUAUGAGAUGGUGUGCGGGACACCUGUUUUCCGGUCACAUUCCACAGGAAGCCGUGGAGCUGUUGGUGGCGAAGGUUUACACCGAUCAAAGCUCACCUUUGGGAGCUCCAGGCUCGGUGGCUGCUGGUUUUCUGCGGUUCUUGCAGCUGCUGGAGUCUCACGACUGGGUUCGUCAACCCCUGAUUGUGGACCCACACAGUCUUAUCGACGACGGAGAUAGAGCUGCAAUCCAUUCUCGUUUUGAUCAAGUUCGAGGACCAAACCAUGAAAGGGGGCCUCCUCUGUACAUCAUCUCUCCAUGUGAUCGUCAAGGUAUCGACGACGCUCCGACUCUCGCCGAUGUGAACAUCGCUACGAAGCCGACAACCAACAACAGCAACCGUCUCAACAAAGAGGGGGCGAUCUGGAACCCGAGUUUCACCACCAAUGCGCCUGAGAGAGUGAUCCUCGCCAGAGCUAUUGCAUUGGCGCGGAAAUCACGAGAAUUUCUGGUUUCGAAAUUGACUCGGUUUGAUACAGUCGGUUGGCACACCGCUUUCCAAGAGUCGGAGGCCUCGUUCAAAAACUAUGAUGCGCUGCUGCGGGUAGAUGCUGACCUCGUCGUCGAUGCCGGGUCGUCUUCAAAGUCAAUAGAGACUGAGGACUUUGCUGCUGUGUCUGGCACCGAAAUCCCUGAGACGGUCUUCACCAAGAGUAUCCAGGAAAGGUUCUCGGGACCGAAACGCCUUCGCGUCAAGCUGUACCGGAACAUGCGGAACGAAGAAAGCGACCAAGUCUUGUACAGUUUCAUGCCGGUGGACGCCCUUGUGGAAUCACUGCGAAAGAACUUUGGAUCGCUUGCGCUGUUCUUCUACAACAGUCUCUGUCCGGAGGUCAUUGGCAUUGCUUGGCGUCGUCCGCAAGCUUUUGAGUCGCGUCCGUUUUCUGCAAUGAACUCAGAGUAUGCACAACCGUGUGUGGCUGUUGGCUGGAAGCAAGACACAAUGAUGAUUCUCAAUGCGAGCGACGUCCUCCGAGAAAUGCGCCAGUACUUUGAAGGAUUGGUUACCACCGUGAAGGUUUUCCGAGCUCCAGUUGUACAGCAACCGCCAAAACAUCAGACACAGGCAAUCCACGAGAAAAAACGCAAGGUGGAACAGUCCGACGAUGACGACGAAAGCUCAGAUUCAGACUCGGAUUCUGAUUCGGACUAAGACUCCACCUACAAAUCACAAGCUCGGUCUAAACGUGUAACUGCUGCUGUGGUGGCUGCUCUGAAUAUAUGCAUGGCAUUGUAGUAGCAGAGUGCAAGGAAAGUUCAUCACUAGCCAAUUAUCAAUAGCUGGUUUCUGUACCGUACCAAUAGAUAGUCAAACGAUGGCCAACAUGUCGAUCAUGGUCUGCUUGCCAAUUGGAACCUUUGUCUGCAGCGGUACAGUCGUACGGAUUUUAAGAGAAAAGAGCAUGGAGCAUUUUUAUUAAGUCUUUUCGAAAGCUUUUAUUAAAUCUUUCACUCCAAUGCGGUUCUUGCGACGGGAUACAGCUUACAACUCAGCUUUACAGCUUUACAAUUAGCAGGCUUAUUCUAGAAAAUAAUCAAUAACUGCUC